AUUUACAAUUUCGUGGCAUCGAAUUGCUAGAUUGCUUUCAAUUGUUCCAAAAUUUGUUUUUAUAUACAGCCAUUGAGGACUUAUAAAAAUGGAUUUGGAAAGUGAAAGAAUACUUAAACUAAUAUUCCCCGACGGUCUGCCUGAAAAUCUUGUUGACAAUCCGGAGCUCUUUAAUUAUCUCAAUAAAUUGGGUACCUACAAAGUGGAUCAACUGAAGAAGGAACAAACACGUCUAACGGAAGAAACCAAACACAUUGUGGAACAAACACAAGAUUUGGCUAUAUCUAAUUACAAAACCUUCAUAAAGACUGCCGAAAAUUCUCGUUCCAUAUAUAAGGAAUUCCAAAAUGCCGAGUCGCAAGUUAGCACUGUUGUAGAAAAGCUACCAGAACUCAGCGAUAAAUGUGAAGCCUUCUUAGAACAAUCGGUGGAAAUAAAUGAACAAAGGCGUUUAAAUUCCAUAACGCUAAAGAAAAAUGCCCAGCUAUUGGAAAUACUGGAAUUGCCACAAUUAAUGGAACGAUGUAUUCGAGAAGGUCGUUAUGAGGAAGCUCUUGAGUUGGCGGCCUAUGUGCAAAAAAUGGGCGAGAAUCAGGGUCACAUACUUGUGGUAAAGAGUAUUGUCAACUCGGUGGAAUCAUUGUGGCAUACCAUGUUAGUUCAACUUGUUGCUCAACUGCGUACCGAUUUGCAAUUACCAAAAUGUUUGCAAAUUGUUGGAUAUUUGCGUCGCAUGCAAGCAUUUGGUACUAAUGAAUUGAAACUUAAAUUUUUGCAAGCAAGAGACACUUGGCUGAACGCUUCUCUAAAGGCUAUACCUACGGAUGAUGCCCAACAGCAUUUGACUAAAACGAUUGAGGUUACCCGAGUUAAUCUCUUUAACAUUAUAACACAAUAUCGAGCUAUCUUUCCCGAAGAAGAUAAUACAGAAGGUUCAAGUGAUAGACCACUGCAGGGAGUCAGCUGUAAUGGCGAACGUCUUUUUCAGAGUUGGCUUCAUGAAAAGAUCACGGACUUUUUGAGAACCCUAGAAAUGGAUUUACAACGUGGCAUAACCUCAUUUGACACUGUUCUUGGACAGUGUAUGUAUUUUGGUUUGUCCUUCAGUCGUGUGGGCGCUGACUUCAGGGCUUUGAUGGCUCCCAUCUUUGUCAGAGUUAUAAAAGAGAAAUUCUUGAAAAGUAUUUCCACUGUCAAUGAAAAUUUCGAAAUGGAGUUGGAAAAGUAUACACUGAUCAAUAAGAUAACAGUGCACACACGCAAUGCAACCACAACGGCAACAAGUGAAACGAACGAGCUAGAAUCAUAUGCUCCACCGGAAAGUCUAUUGGAUUUUCACCCCUUGGCUGCUUUGUGUAAUGGCUAUCUGAAUGCCUUAAAUGAUCUGCGCUUGUGUGCCCCCACAGCAUUGGCUAACGAUGUUAGUCUGGCACUGCAGCAAUCUUUGGAAAUGGUGGCUAAAAGAGUUUUGGCUUUCUACAGGCAAGAACAGCAGGCUUUUACCGCCAAUGAACGAGAGACUUUUACAAAGCUGUGCUAUUGUUUUGCCCAUGAAAUGAUACCCUAUUUACAACGUUGUAUUCAUGCCAUAUUUCCUCCAAUGACAUUGUGCAGUCAUUUGGGUGUCAAUUUGAAUGCUCUCGAAAAUAUGGGCAUUACAUAUUUACAACAGAAGGAUAUUUUGGAACCUUUGAAACACCUGGUGCCCAAUAAAAUGGAGGCAACACUAAAGCCAGAGGCGGCUGUAAAAGUUGAAGAAGUCAAUGUUCCCGUUGCAGCCGAAGGAUAAUGAAGUUAUAACUCCUCUCUAUAGCAUAGUCUGGGGGAGAUGUUCUUCAUGUUCCAUGUACAGAACAUUAAGAUAUGUAGGACAUGUGUAUUAUCUAGAUUUGUUUUAAACUAAGUUUAUUAUCGCUACUCAAAUAUAAGAGACCAAGGUUAAUAUGAAA